UCCUUUUGGCAACUGACAGACCUGAAAAAUUUGCGAACGAUGCAAUUUUCUGAUUCUCGAUUCGACAACAAACACGAAACGUUUCAUCGUUUCAAGUGGUUGGUAGCAGCGCUAGCAACGUUAUGCAUAAUCUUUGGAGUAUUAGUGGCCAUAUUUUUCACAAGCUGGUUUAAUUUAAUUAUAAAUUCACAAGUAAUUUUAAGGGAUGGAACGCAGACUUUCGGCUGGUGGUCGAAGCCACCGGUCACGCCGAUGAUCAAAGUCUACAUUUACAAUGUGACGAACGCCGACGAGUUCCUCACCAACGGAUCGAAACCGAUCGUCGAUGAGCUCGGUCCGUACGUUUACACUGAAAAAUGGGAGAAGAAAAACAUCAGGUUCCACGACAACGGCACGCUGACCUUCAACCAGGAGAAAAUCUACGUGUUCGAUGAAUCACUUUCUGCCGGCUUCGAGGAGGAUGUGGUGGUCGUGCCCAACAUCCCUAUGCUGAGCGCCACCUCUCAAUCGAAACACGCAGCUAAAUUCCUGCGACUCGCCAUGGCCAGCAUCAUGGACAUCCUGAAGAUCAAACCAUUCGUCGAAGUCUCCGUGGGUCAAUUGCUUUGGGGUUACGAAGAUCCUCUGCUGAAGCUCGCCAAAGACGUGGUUCCCAAAGAACAGAAGUUGCCUUACGAAGAGUUCGGACUCAUGUACAACAAAAAUGGUACAUCCAAAGAUAACGUGACGAUGUUCACCGGAGCUUCAGAUAUCACCAAGUACGGUCUAGUGGACAGAGUUAACGGGAUUGCGAAGUUACCUCACUACUUGAACGACGAAUGCAACAGUUUGAUGGGUUCCGAUGGAUCAGUUUUUCCUCCGCACAUCACCAAGAACACCACUUUGCAUAUCUACGAUAAAGAUCUUUGCAGGCUUUUACCACUCAAGUUUGAAAAGGAAGUUACUGUGGCUGGAAACGUGCCCGGCUACAGAUUCACACCUGCUGAUGACGUCUUCGCCAGUCCAGAUGUUAACCCAAUGAACAAAUGUUACUGUCCUCAUGGUCCACCGUGUGCACCAUCCGGAUUCUUCAACGUUUCCCUCUGCCAAUACGAUUCACCAGUGCUGCUGUCUUUCCCACAUUUCUACAUGGCCAACGACAGCUACAGGACCGCAUUCGAGGGUAUUUCGCCCCCAGAUCCAGAGAAGCACAAGUUCUACAUGGAUGUACAACCUUUGAUGGGAGCCGGUCUCUCUGCAAAGGGCAGGAUCCAAAUCAAUCUGGCCGUGUCCCAAGUGACAGAUAUCAAACAGGUGGCGUCCUUCCCGGACAUCAUCUUCCCGAUCAUCUGGUUCGAAGAUGGAAUUGAUAGUCUUCCUGAAGAGAUGACAAGUUUGAUGGCGUUAGCGACGAGCGUGCCUCCAGUAGCCAGGGCCGUACUCACCGGAAUCCUCCUGGUCAUAGGUCUUCUGAUGCUCGUUGUCGCCAUCUGGCGUUUGGUGCGAGGAGCAAAUCGUCUCAGCUCUCUGCAUCUGGCGACCGGACACGUCGGACCAUUGCAAACCAAAGAUAUGCCCAUGGCCAACGUGCCCAGACAUUAGAGAACGAAAAACCGACGAUAAUUUCUAUUCCAUCGAGUGUGUCUCUAUUAUUCAUUUGUUUUGAUUUCCUUUUCAAUCGGUUUGUUUAUAGUACGCAAAGUAAAAGGAAAAGUUAUUAUUAAACGAAAUAUUCCAUAAGUUUAACGAGUGAUUUAUAAUAUUUUAUACAUAAAUUGAUAUUUAUAAAAGAAAGAAAAAUUGUUAAGUAAAAUACGAGUGAUUUUAGUCAAGGUUCUUAAGGUUAAUCCGUUGAAAUCAUUGUUGGUUAGAUCUUAAAGUUUAAUUCUAUAUGCAUACCGUUUUCCGCCCCCACACUGUCGUAACAGAUAGUUAAAUUUAAGUUUCAUCAAAAAUUGAUGUGGAAAUUUCGAAGUGCCUUGCAGCGAUGUACAAUGUAAAUUAUAACUGUCUUCUUCAUCUCAAAUUCGCGUCUAAUUAUUAGAAUUUUUACUUUCCCCUUCGUAAUUUUUAAU